GCACAGCGCUGAGCGCCGCGGAUGAGCGCUGAGCGAUCGUUUGAUGACUAAUGGAGUCGACCCGCGUGCCCCGGGGUCCAGGUCCGCGACUUGUCUUCCUUCUCACCACGCUCGCAUUGACUUUCGCAGAUGAAGAUUAGCAGCAUGAAGAGCAACGGGACUGCUGUGCGGUGCGAUAAUGUCAGACUAUUGGGAGAAGAUCGGCUGGGACAAGGAAGAUCUUAUUCACGCCAAUGUCAGCCUCACUUGGCACUUGGACGGCCGAGUGGCCAUGCUGGAGUCUUCCGUUAAUCAUCGAGCUCACCGCAUCAGCAAGAGCUCUUCCUUUUUGGUACCUAUGCACGGCGGAAUCUGGAUCAUGUGUGUUUCUCUAUCAGAGAAAGAGAUACAACAGCUAAGUCGGAAGGUGGGCUUUCCGCAAGAGAGAUGUAUCAAUUACUUAACGCCGGACGAGGCGCACGAGGAGAUACGCGUGGCUUGGCAAAAUCGAAUGCAGAAUCUGAGUAUAUCGUGCUCUUUGGUGUGCCUAAUUAUAUUAGGUUGCGCUGCUAUUAUUGGAUUCUUCGGACUAUGUAUGCACCAGAUAUCAGCUGUGCUCGUAACAGGAGUGAUGUACCUUCUGGCGGCGACAUUCGCGCUGUUCACACUAACAAUCAUCCACUUCAAGAGAGCCCAAGAUCAUCGAGGCGGCGUCAGAGCGGUGGACGGACCCGAGGACGGUGUGAUCGGUAUGCCCGUUCAUCGCAGUGUCCUCAAGGCCAGACGCUUCACUACAGCGUGGAGCAUGGACCUGGGAUGGGGUGGGGUGACACUAUGCGCUCUCGCGUCAGUCGCUUGGAUCCUCCUCAGCAAAAUUAUGCGCUUUAGCCCGAUCGCUGCCAUGAUCGCGUAGCGGUGGGAUGCCUUCGAGGUCUAAAGUCGUUUCUGGAGAAGAAGGGGAAAGAAGCUCACGAGAAAAAACGUUCGUGCGUUCCGGCGCUGCGAUUCCGGUGCUUAGGUGCUUGUAUCAUCACCGCUGCCUGUGCCUGUUCCCGAGGAGAUGGAAAUCGGCAUAUUACGCUUAAACAUUGCGAUUCGUCAGUCUUCCGAGGACGUAGAGAGGAUCGCAGACCGGGGGCCGGUUGUUGUUCCACUUUCCACGAGGAGGUUACAUCCAGAAAUGACCGUCUCGAAGGCGACAAGUCUUCACUUUGUAUUAUUCUCGUCUCGUACAAUAGUGGAUAAGUCAAUGAUUAUUUAAGCGAUAUACUUCGAAAACAAUACUGCGCAACAAUAGAGAUCUCGAAGGAUGUCGUUACUUCAGAGUGUACAUGUUCCUUGCUUUCCGAUGCUUCAUCUAUCGGUGCGCGCGUAAACCACCUUUCGUAGUAAUGAAUAUGAAUAAUCUCAGGAAUAUGUGCUGCAGAUAAUUAUUGGUGCUCGGUGCGAUAGAUGGCUUUGAAGAUACUCAGCUAAAAAGAGAGACGUUUUACUCCUUUCAACACUGAAACUAGAAUUGGUAUCGGACACACCCUUUGCGGGUACCGACUCGUCGUCGCGGUUUGUGUCGCUACACAAUUACCUCCUCCGCCGAGCCCUGAGUGCAUUUUGCUUCAACAACCCCCGUACAGAUAAGCUCGUCAAUAUGGAGAAAGAUAUGGAUGUCAAUAUGCGCUUUUACGAGGUGUUGCACUUUUAAAAUCAACGAAAGUGAGUACACCGAUACUCCAAUGUAGCCGCCUCUGACAUAUUACGGACGCCUUAUUACGAUUAGAGCGACCGGGCAUAUUUGUAUAGCAUAGUAAACACGUUAAUCGAGACAUGUAUUCGGAGCAGGGCACGUAAAGUGACAUGUAAAGUCAAUACCUUCAAAGUAUUAGGUCAAUUGAAAUUGUCGCGAUAUUACAGCACAAUAUGCCGUAGAAAGGCAUGUAUAGAGAGAGUUCUGAUGUCCGAUUCGCAGGUGUUAUGAGGGACUGUCCUGUCCUGUCCUGUAUUUAACGGACAGAGAUAAGCCGUGGCCCGGGGAACGCGGCAGAGAAAGAGAAACGCUUGGAAAACCAAUAGAGAGAAACAUUAAAUAUACCCUAAAGUAAAAGCAAUUUUAGAUAGACAAUAUAGACUCGCAAAGCUUAUUGAAAUUAUUGAGAAGACCCUUUGAAAAUUGCUAGCAGGAUUUUUGGAGAGACUAUAUCGCUUUCAAUGGCCAUAAUACUGCUGACAGUGCUGCUAUACAUUUGCUUAGACAUUAAUUUCCAGUUUUUUGAAAAUGUUCAUUUCCCGAGGUAUUAUCUGUGACUGAGUUUUGACCACGCUCCAAUCUAGCGCAUAUAUGCACAUUUCCCUAGAUGGCGAGAGGAAGCCUUGCAAAUGAAUAUUUGCAAAGACUCAUUAUGGCGAUUGCACGCAAUAAAGCCAAGUGAAAUAUCACAUGUGAAAGGAUGUCCAGCCAUAAUUUCGUCCAUUAAAACUUAAGAAAUUGCCAGGUGUCUCGUGUUAUCUGAUACACUUAAGAGGAGAGAAAUAUCUCUCACACACGUACAACAGCAACUUGUUCUCACCUUGAAAGCGACAGAGCAUUUUCCCUGAAUAAUGAGCGAUUUUGAUUGCUAUAUUUUUUUAUGCAAAUUUUGUUGUUUGUUACAUUGAGAUUUAUGUAUUUACACGAGAAUGUAAUAAAGAAUAUGCGAUAAGUA